AUGACCAUUCUGACUGGCCGUCCGCUCCACUGGGCAAUCACUGCCGCAGCCGGUUGCGGCUUUCUACUCUUUGGAUAUGACCAGGGUGUCAUGUCCGGUCUUUUGACCGGAGCGGCUUUCACAGCCCAGUUUCCGGAAAUCGAUACCACCGCUGGAGCUGGCGGAAGCGCUUCGCUCCAGGGCACCGUAGUGGCCAUCUAUGAGAUUGGGUGUUUCUUCGGUUCGAUUCUUGCACUUGUAUUCGGAGAGAAGAUUGGUCGGAGGAAGACUAUCAUGGCAGGCUGUCUUGUGCUCUGCGUUGGUGGCGCGCUUCAGGCUUGCGCGUAUUCCAUCCCGCACAUGAUUGUGGGUCGCAUCGUCGCUGGUUUGGGAAAUGGUCUCAAUACAAGCACAAUUCCCGUUUGGCAUUCCGAGUUGAUGAUGGCGCAUAAGCGCGGAAAAGGGCUGAGCAUCGAACUUGCUAUCAACAUCUUUGGUGUCAUGACUGCAUACUGGGUUGACUAUGGGAUGUCAUACGUCGAUAAUGAAUCGCAGUUCCGUUUUCCCUUGGCUCUUCAAUGCCUUUUUGCGCUCCUAACGUUCGCCCUCAUCAUCUUACUGCCAGAGUCACCACGUUGGCUGAUUGCACAAGACCGACACGAUGAAGCGCGUUCAAUCCUGCUGGCCUUACUUCCUGUCGUUAAGAACGUACAGACCGACGACGAACCGGUAAAUCGAGAAAUGAGUGAGAUCCAGCACGCAAUCGACGAGGAACGAGAGGCUGCCCAUGGAAAUUCUUACCGAGCACUGUUCAAGAAUGGAGAACAGAAAUUCUUUUACAGGACAAUGCUGGGCAUUGGAGGACAGUUUAUGCAACAGCUUUCAGGGAUAAAUUUAAUCACCUACGCAAUAUUGCAGUACGCUCCCAGCAUAUUUCAAAACUCCGUGGGACUUUCGCACAACCUGUCCCUUCUGCUGGCUGGGUUCAAUGGUGUUGCCUACUUUCUUUCUUCGCUGAUCCCUAUAUGGAUUAUCGACCGUCUCGGUCGCCGAAAACUGAUGCUGUUCGCUGCAGCAGGACAGGGUGCUUGUAUGGCAAUUUUGGCUGGCACUGUUCGCAAUGGUUCUGCCCCCGCUGGUAUUGUGGCGUCAAUCAUGCUCUUCAUGUUCAACUUCUUCUUCGCAAUCGGCUUGCUCGCCAUUCCUUGGCUACUUCCCGCCGAAUAUGCACCCCUCGCCAUCCGACAGCGAGCGGCGGCCCUCGCGUCAGCAUCGAACUGGAUCUUCACGUUCCUCGUUGUUGAGAUCACUCCUGUCAGCAUUAGCAAUAUCGGAUGGCGUACAUAUGUCUAUUUUUGCAUCUUUAACUUCUGUUUCCUGCCGCUCAUCUACUUUUUCUACCCUGAGACACAGAACUUGUCUCUCGAGCAAAUUGACAAGCUUUUCACAGGCGGCAAGGUUAUGCUUCACUGGAAGCCGUCCAUGGGCGAUGCUGUCAACACCAACCGCUCUGAGCUGAUAGAGAAGGUCGAAGGACAACAUAUCGAGAAAUCUGGGGUAUAG